AUGCCGCAUCGGUCAACGUCAAGCAUAGAAGACACGGCUGUGCAAAAGCGCCCAUGUUUUGGCCACAUCUGGCUGCGCAAAAGGAUGGCGGGAGUAAGUAAGCCCGGACAGAAGCAGCUGCUGUGGAUGGUAGUGGGCGUCGAGAAGCGUAGCCGGGCCAAUGGAGGACAAAGUCGCUCCUCGGAGCGACAGGGCGCAGGGCUGGAGGAUAGCGUUGCAACUUGGGGGCGUGUUCUGUGUUGCGCUUCAACACCUUCAACCGCGAGUGUCGUCCCGCCCUACAUGCGCAUGCAAAUGACGCCGUCGUCCGCACUGAGCGGCGCCGAGCCCGUCGUGUAUGCGCCCAAAGCUCAAACGUUCGCAUUCCGCCACAUUGACGAAGAGGAUGCGACCCCCGCGCAUCUUCCCCAUCCUCCUGUCUCGUCGACCCCGGCUGUCUUUCAACCAUGGGCUGCAACAGACACCAAGCCCGAGUCGAGUAACGGUGUGCCACCCGCAACUCACACGCAAGAGUUGACGUCGCCAGUCUCGGCUCGAAGCCCCAAACAGCCCAAGCGUGACCUAUUCGUGUGUCCCGAGGUGCACUGUGGGAAGCAGUUUCCGCGCUCCUUCGCUUUGAGACGGCACAUGCGCAUCCACACGGGCACGAAGCCGUACGCCUGCGACUACCAGGGCUGUGCGCAGCGUUUCAAUACAUCGGGAAACCUCAGUCGCCACAAGCGCAUCCACAGUGGCGAGCGUCCGUAUCCAUGCUUCUUCGAGAUGUGUGGCAAGCGAUUCAACACGAGCACGAAGCUCAAACGCCACAUGCGAAUCCACUUUCCAGACGGACAAAACCUUUUCCGGUGUACGGAGCAGGGCUGCUCGUGGGCUUGUGAUAACUACAAGGAGUAUGUGCAACACCAGAAGUUGCAUGGCAGUGUGGCCGAGGGAUUUAACAACGCGUCAAACGAGAAUAUCAAUGCCAGUAAUGACAACAAAGAGAGUCUUAAGGCCACACGAGUCAUGCCGUCGCCCAUGGGCGUCAUGCAACCAGGGGCUGAGCACCGACACGUCGAGUUCCCGCUCCCCUCCGUAGCGAACGACGAGUUCUACCAGGACCGCAGAAUGUACAAUGCUCCAAUGUCUCAACUACGAGAAGAGCAAGUCUACCGCCGCGGCUCUGUCUUGUCAUCGAAGUCCGUUAUGGACGACCGUACGCACCCUCAAGGAGGUGCACCUCGCCUCCCGUUCCCAACUCGUGCCUUCCCGUCCGAGACUGGUCUGUUCGGCUCGUCGUUCCACCCACUUCCUCACUUGCCACCGACGUCCUCGCAUCGCUAUUAUGACUCGACAACGUCGGCUAGUUCGGUCGAGAUGGCUACAACUAGCAGUCCGAAUUACGUGCCGUCGGGCUCCUAUGUGUCAGCCCAAGCGCCGUACUCGUCGUAUGUGCGUGGCACAGAGAGCAACACACUCGUCAGCUCGUACCAGCCUACGUCGACAACGACGACCUUCAUGUCCACGUCCGAGUCUCACUAUGCGCAGUCGAUUCGGCAGUACGAGAGCUCGUCCCCGCACGACGUGAGGCAGCACUCUCCACCGCAGCAGCCGCAGUCACAGUCGGGGUAUGGAGGCAACCCCGUACCGGCUGAGUUCACGGGGGAGGAGCUCAGCGCCGUGCUGGAGCUCAUGAAAGACUCGUAAAACGGAGUCAACAUGGAUGGAGGUCGGUGAUUGUUUGUUUAUAAGCUCGGAAGCUCUUGUGCAGUUGGCUGAAGUGGACAAGUAUUCUAGUUUUAUAGGUAGUGAGGCAGGUCGGCAGCGGAGAGAGCUCACGUCUGCAGUUUAAUGUUGUAAAUACCGAAGGAUCUUUUGCUAAGCCA